AUGGUUCUCCGAUCAGUAAAUCUAUGGACGACGCUUUUACUCCUCGGAAUCUUAUCGCGCGUGUCUCAAUCUCUCCACUUCGAAUUGCAGUCGGGUCGAACAAAAUGUAUAUCGGAGGACAUCAAAAGCAAUUCGAUGACCGUCGGGAAAUACACCGUCGUUAACCCUAACGAAGCUCAUCCUUCGCCUCCGUCUCACAAGAUCUCCAUCAGGGUGACAUCGAGUUACGGGAACACGUAUCAUCACGCGGAGGAUGUGCAAUCGGGGAAUUUCGCGUUCACGGCGGUGGAAGCCGGAGAUUACAUGGCUUGUUUCACUGCCGCCGAUCAUAACCCUGCGGUGACAUUGAGUGUCGAUUUGGAUUGGAGAUCAGGUAUUCAUUCUAAGGAAUGGAGUACUUUAGCCAAGAAGAGCCAAGUCGAAGUCAUGGAGUUUGAGGUAAAGAAGCUGAUUGAAACCGUCAGCUCUAUUCAUGAAGAGAUGUUUUAUCUCAGAGACAGGGAGGAAGAGAUGCAAAACUUGAACAGGUCUACAAACUCGAAAAUGGCGUGGUUGGGUUUCCUGUCUCUGUUCGUAUGCUUAGGAGUUGCAGGAAUGCAGUUUUUGCACUUGAAGACGUUUUUGGAGAAGAAGAAAGUCAUCUAA